UAUUAGUUUAGCGAUGAUCCCUAAACUAAACAGCGCGUCAUCCGACUGUACGGCAACAGUCCAGCAAAAGCGAGUCUUUAGACUUGAGCUUGCAGCGACAAUCUGAUCGAUCAUGACGACUCACGAGUUUUUUGUUGACAUGACAUGUGAGGGAUGCUCCGGAGCGGUCACUCGGGUGCUUAAAAAACUGGAUGUCAAGUUUGACAUUGAUCUGCCCAACAAAAAGGUCUUCAUUGAGUCAGACAAAGACACGGAUGUCCUUCUGGAAACACUGAAAAAGACCGGCAAAGCUGUGACCUACAUCGGCCCAAAAUGAAAUAAUACACAUUUAAAAACUCUAAGGUCAGAAUCAUGUUGCUUUGAAGACUAUGAAGUGGGACUCCCUCAGUGGACCGUGCGUCGCUCAUCAGAUGAAUUAUUACAUACCUUAGGGACCACUGAAGGAAAUCUGUUCAGCAGAGCAUCAUGAAGAGCGGCUACCAGGCUGAUCUAUAUGUUCUAUAUAUAUAUAUAUAUAUAUAUAUAUAUAUAUGAAAUCUAACCGUUUA